GCCUGGAAAAUUCCGGUUGCUGCCAUCGCAAACUGUCAACUAGACAGCCAUAAUCCCUGGAAGAUGCAAAUUACGCCCUGCUCAAUCCGAUAGCAAAUACCUUCCCUACCAACACUAUAACCAGAUAAUAUAAUUGUCAGACGGUGCUCAGCGACUAACGUGUUUACGAGUUACAAUAUUACUCCGCCAUGUUCUCCGUCAUCAUUCCAGGCAGACCUUGUCUGACCAACAUAGUCGCCGUCGACGGCCAACCAAACGGCCAGCCUACCAAGUUUGCUUUCACAUUCCCCCUUACGCCCUCGUUCACGGACGUCGUCGUAUUCUUCCUCCCCGGCACCGUCCUCCCGCAAGACACAGCAGCCGCAAUCUACAUCCAAUUACCAGAGCAAACACCCUCCCCCAACGGCCCAGCAUUCCGCUUCAUAGGCGCACUAGCCAAUGAGAAACCAUCCGCAGUAUUCAAAGUCCGCCCCGGCGAAACACCAUCCACACCGCAGCGUUCAGAAGCCGAAGACCAAGAUGAAAUGCUAGACGAAGGCGCAAGCAACCUCUCCGGCGGCGUGUCGCCGGGAGGUAUGGUGACGUUGGGAAUUUCGAUCGAGCCCGUUCAGACUGUUGCGCCGCAGCUGGCGCAAUUAGAGGCUGAGAAGCCGGCGGCUGCUGGGGCGUCGACGGAUCUUGUGCAACAGAUUAUUGGUAAUGCGUUUAAUUUUCUGGCGAGUUUUGCGGCGCCGGAUCCUAAUCAUAAGGGGGAGGAGGUUGUGACGUUGAAAAGCUUUCGGGAUUGGUGGACUAAGUUUGAGAGGAGGGUGGAGAUGGAUCCGUCGUUUUUGGAGAAGGAGGAUCCGAAUGCUCAGGGGUGAUUGUCGCUUUUUCUGGUCUAUAUGAGAGGACGACAGGGCGAAUUUGCUGAGCAUGUUGCUGGAGAUAUAAUGGUUCUUGUUGGAAGUUGUUAGUAUACCAGAGGCUCGCUAUAUACAGUUGCAAGUAAAUAUCUUUAAUAACGAUGACGAUCUCAAGAGCAAAACAAACCCUCUGUUCCUCUAUAAUCAAAAACCUCUAUAGUUAGAUAUAUACAAACUUAUAGUAGUUUCAUAAAAUCAUGUUUACUCCCUGUCCUCCAGCAAGAAA